AGAUAGCGAACAACGGGAGGGAGAGAGGCGGAAGAUAGCGAACAGCCGAAGGAGAUAUAUCGCCCAUGGCCGCUCUCAUCGGUAGUCUAAAUCUCGUUCCUCCUCCUUCGCUUUCUCCCUUGCCCUCUCUCGUCCCUCACAACUCUUCCAAAUGGCGGCGAUUCCUCUCGGCCUCGGCUCCUCGCACUAGCCUCUCGCCACCGCAAUGCUCGUCCGUUGCCGAGCUGGGAGAAGGCUUAGGUCGGGUGAGCGCCGUUGCCCUCCUCGCCGCCUCCCUCUUCUUCGCCGACCCUGCUCUCGCUUUUAAGGGUGGAGGGCCGUACGGGGCGGAAGUAACGAGAGGGCAAGACCUCACCGGCAAAGACUUCAGUGGCAAGACCCUCAUCAAACAAGACUUCAAGACGUCGAUCCUGAGGCAGGCCAAUUUCAAGGGCGCAAAGUUACUCGGUGCGAGCUUUUUUGAUGCAGAUCUGACAGGAGCUGAUCUCUCUGAUGCUGAUCUCAGGGGUGCAGACUUUUCCUUGGCCAAUGUGACUAAGGCAAAUCUAAGUAAUGCAAAUCUUGAAGGUGCUCUUGCUACUGGCAACACAUCUUUCAGAGGAUCAAAUAUCAAUGGAGCAGACUUCACGGAUGUUCCCCUGCGAGAAGACCAACGGGAGUACCUUUGCAAAGUUGCCGAUGGGGUGAACCCUGUAACUGGAAACUCCACUAGAGAUACACUGCUCUGCAACUGAUAUCAAGUGACAUCUCCGGUAAAGCUCCGAGGCAGUCGGCAUCAUUAGGUGCUGUAAUUUGCCUUGUAAUAUGCUUUUCUGUUUAGAUUAUUUAUCUGUAAAUUUUGUUCACUUGCAUCAUUUGUUCUUGUCAAAGAAUUCUGGCAUAUUAUGUAUGGUAAAAGUAUGUAUGUCCUCCUCACAAACGAACUGCUACAGUGUUCUUCCCUACUUUCACUUCUGCCGUUCGUUGAAGUAUAUUCUCAGCUCAUUCUGAUACAAUGUGAAGCCUCAAAUUAUUCGGUAGGUCAUCGCGGUCGUGAUAAUGUCAAUUGGGUACAUGCAUGGGAAGAUGGAUUGGUUUGAGCCAGUAGAAUUAUGGGUCAGGCUCCGAUCGCCCAAGGUUUUCACAUUUCUCACGUUCUUUUGCUUUUGUUUCCAGAUCCUAUCGAACAGUCCUAUCCGAUGGGCGGACAUUGAUGUGGCCUACCAUUUCAGCAUGGGAGUCGUUAAUGAACACCUCUGAAUGGUUCUUGUGGUCUUCAACUUGGAUUUCUCCAGCUAAAAUAUUAGAUUACGAUGCUCGAAUCAGGUACGCCCAAAUCCAUAAUAUAUAGCUGCAAAUAUAGACAAUUAUGAAUGCAUUGCUUGUUAGCUAAGUUCCCUAUUUAUGCUCGAAAAGAUUUCAAAUGUAAGCUCUGUUUCUUUCAGAAACCAUGCUUGUCAUCAUCAUCUUGUUUGUGACCCGUACUUGGUACCUUCAUCAUCACUGGAUGGUGUUCUUUUCCCCUUCCUCCCAAUGAAAGUAACAUUGCACCAAAAUUUGUGGAAGAAGCAGUCUCUGAUGGUAACCUGUGAUGGUAGUGUCCGGUGAGUGGAGAUAAGGGAAAGGAAUCUUGUCUUAAAACUGACAAGAUUGCUGCUACCCACCUCUGACAUUUAUUAUAUUGAAAUCAUCCACAUCAAAAGCA